AUUAUAUAUAGCAAUUUCUAUUUAAUCUGCUAUCUUUUCAAAUUACUAUUAAUGUGAUUAAAAUCGCAUUAGUCGUUAAGAUUAAUAGAAUUAGAUACUUUAAGCAUAGUUAUGUUAUCGAUAAUUUAUUGAGUGAUUUGUGUAGUAACAAUAGUAAUAAUUAUUAUAUUAUAUUCGUAAUAAAAAUAAUGACUUAGUAGUAUCAUAGAUCAAUGUAUUACGAAAUUUUAAAACAGAUAACUGUUAAAAAAAUGGGUAAAGUGCAAUACUAGUAAAGAUUUUAAUGUUUAAGAUAUGACCUUUUUUAUAUUUGAUGUUACUGCUUACGAAUGGUUGGGUACUAGCAGAAGGAUCGCCUGUGGCAAUGUUGCAACACGCUACUUCAUCACAAAGCAUUGUAUUUCAUCCUUCAUCAGCUACCACUUCUCCGCCAUCUGUCUCUGCUCAGUCUCCGGAAGAUCUAUAUGCUGCGAAUGAGCCAAAAUAUGAAUACAAGUAUGAGGUGUCAGACCAUCAGACUGGUGACAGAAAAAGUCACUGGGAGACCAGGGACGGGGACAGAGUGCGUGGAGUAUACACAUUAUAUGAACCUGAUGGUGCUUUAAGAACUGUUGAAUAUUCAGCUGAUGCUAUUCAUGGAUUUAACGCUGUGGUCAAAAGAGAUGAACCGACAAGACACCAGCAUUCACAUCAUGAUUUUUCACACAAAUCAUCCACUAAUAGUAAUAUUCAAGAUAGUUAUAACGCAUCUCCAAGUCUUACUGGUCUUACAGAAGAAAGAAAUGGAUAUCUGAGUUCUACCAACGAGAAGAAACAUUCCGGGUAUCAUGCAUCUAAUACGCCAUACGAUUCUACAAUUGGAUUCACUGUAAACCAUUCGACAAAAAAUAGUGGCAGUAGUUUUAAACUAUUUUAGAAUAGAUAAAUAUGUAAUUUAAAUAUCUAUUAAAGAUAUUAUUAGCUAAGGAUAAUGAAAGUAACUAUUUAUAUUUGCCGUAUUAUGGAAAGGUUAUUGUACUUUACAUACAUAUGGUAUUUACACUCACAUUUAUUGUAACACUUCUAGUAUUGCAGGCGUCCAUAGGUUACAGUGACUGUUUACCAUCAAUAAUGCUGUAUGCUUGUUUGCCAUUUAUUUGCCACGUGGUAUAAAAAAUAAACAUAGAUUUCACUUGCUACUCAUUCCGUUGUGGUUUAUUUUUUAAUAUUCUUCAAAGAAUCUAUCUAGCCGUAAUGAUAUAGAUUUCAAAUUUGUUAUUAACUCCAUUUUUUUUUGUUACUUGUUUACGAAAGUUUGUUAUGUAAACUAUUUUAUUUCUAGUUAUUUUGUUUAAAAAUAUCUAUUUGAAAAUGUCUUUUAUAAAUUUGUUAUCCAUAUUUAUUUUUUUACAACACAGGGGGCAAACGAGCAUGCGGCUCACCUGAUGGUAAGUGACUACCGCCGCCCAUGAUCACCCACAACACCAGCGGCAUUGCAGGAAUGGACAGUCGUUCUUAUAAUAUU